ACUAUAACCGAAAGACAUAAUCUGGGUGGUGAGUUUGUAGGACCUUACAGCCUGUCUUGGCCAACAGGGUGCUCACUUCGUUCAGCUUUUCUGAGGUUCCAAAGUCCACUGCCAUCAUGUCUGACACCGAGGAAGUUGAUCAGGAAUACGAUGCCGUAGAAGAGGAGAUAGUAGAAGAAGUAGAGGUGGCCCCUGAGGCGGCCCCUGAGCCAGAGCAAGAGCCAGAGCCAGAGCCUGAGCCAGAACCAGAGCCAGAACCAGUGGUAGAACCAGAGCCAGAGCCAGAGCCUGAGCCAGAGCCUGAGUCUGAAGAGGAGAAGCCAAAAUUCAAGCCCACCGCUCCUAAGAUCCCAGAUGGUGAGAAAGUGGACUUUGAUGACAUCCAGAAGAAACGUCAGAACAAGGACCUGAUGGAGCUGCAGGGUCUGAUCGAUGCUCACUUUGAGUGCAGAAAGAAGGAGGAAGAGGAGCUGAUCGCACUCAAGGAGAGGAUUGAGAAGCGUCGUGCAGAGAGGGCUGAGCAGCAGAGGAUCCGUGCUGAGAAGGACAAGGAGCGCCAGACCAGACGUGAGGAGGAAAGGCGGACCAAGGAAGAGGCAGACGCCAAGAAGAAAGCAGAUGAAGAUGCCAAGAAGAAGUCAGCUCUGUCCAGCAUGGGCUCUAGCUACAGCAGCCACCUGCAGAGGGCUGACCAGAAGAGAGGUGGAAAGAAGGAGACUGAGAGAGAGAAGAAGAAGAAGAUCCUGGCUGCCAGACGCAAGGCGCUCAACAUCGACCAUCUGAGUGAAGACAAGCUGAAGGAUAAGAUCAACGAGCUCCACGAAUGGAUGCACCAGCUGGAGUCGGAGAAGUUCGACCACAUGGAGAGACUGAAGCUGCAGAAGUACGAGGUUACAAGACUGCGUAAGAGAGUGGAGGAGCUCAGUAAAUUCAGCAAAAAGGGAGCUGCAGCUCGCCGCAGAAAGUAGAUUGUCUCAGUCCGUACUGCUCACAAACCAAACUGUGCUCGUGGACAGACGCAAGUUGAAACAACGUACACUGUGGCGCAGACUGCAUCUUUGGAGAAACUCUUAAUGCUGAGGUCCACCCGGCAGCCCUGACACAUGCAGCCAGGAGCCUGUAGAACCCGCUGUCCGACUGGAAGAAUAAAAUCAUGAAAUCUAUUUGCCAUCACGCUUCCUCGCACUCAACUGUUUGGUUCUCAGUAUUUUUGUAAAUAAAGUGUGACUCUUCAAACCAU